AUGUUAUUUCUUCUUAGUAUAGCUAACAAUACAAAUGCAAAAUGCAAUGUUAGAAAUACAUUUCGUGAUGAAAGUGGCGAAUGCAAGUGUAAACCUCAUUAUUUUGGCGAUCCAGAAGAUCAAAAAGUUGGAUGUUGGACUUGCAAGCCAAGAUGUCACCGAAAUGCAAUUUGUUCUGGCCCAAGCCAAUGCAAAUGCAACGGUGGAUACUAUGGUGAUGGAAUCAAUUAUUGCAAACCAAAUCAUUUCCUUCCGAAAAUACUCUCAAUUCAUCCGAAAACAGUUCAAUCAUUCAGUAAUGACUUUAUAACAAUCAAAGUAAAUCAUCCCAUACCACCAAAUGCAACAACAUAUGCUAUGUUUGACAUUUUUAUUUCGAAAUGCAAUCACAUAGAAACAGCAUUACAUUGUCAAGUUCCGUCAUUACUCCCAAUUAAUUCUAGUGUUAAAAUAUCUUUUAAUGGAGCUGAUUGGAGCAUUGAAAAAUUUUAUCUUCCUUUUGUGAAUACACAGCUUCAUGACGAUUCAAUAUACUUCACAUCGUUUAUUGCAACGUCAUUAUUAGCCGCAUAUAUUAUUACUAUGUGGCCUAAGAAGAGUCGUCUUGGACAAGUUCAUGCACUCAAAGAAGCUGAAGCAAAUUCUCAUAGUAGAUUACCAAGUAUUAAGAAAUUAUCACAAAAUCCAGAGGAAGACAUGCUUUAA